GCGCCCCAUCCCGCCACCACUGCCGCCGUCCCGAGGCCUGCACUUAACUGCGUGUGCGACGCUUCAGUCGGUCAACCGCAGGCGGACACUUCGGCAAGAAACACUGCGUCUUGUUAGCGUUGUAUCCAACCAGGGAACUUUACUAACACAACACCAGCUAUGCCUAAAGUAAAAUCUGAGAAAAGAAACAGCCCCUCAAAGAGCCCACUGGAAGGGGAAAAGAAAUCAGGAUGGGGCAGUGGUGGUCAAUUAUUUGGCUCAGAGACAAAUGAAAACACGUUUCAAGGAGCAGGCUUUAAGGACAAAGACAAGGCACUGGAGACAUUAAAGCUACUUGAUGGUCGUGACAUCUCGUAUCAGUUCCAGAUAAUAAAUUCCAUGUAUCAUCGAGCAAAGGUUAUUCUAAAACGUACAAAAGAUGAGGAAAAAGUUCACAAUCUUACAGAAGCAAUUGAAGUUUUUGAGAAUUGGAUUAAUGAUUACAAAGCACACAAUAGAUCAAGAGAGAACUUCAGCUACCUUCCACUGGAAACUGUUGACGCCUAUAAACCACUAGCACAACGUUAUGGUGUUUUUGUGGAAGGUGAAAAGUCAUUCCUUCACGUGUACAAAGAAGCAGAAGGCGAUCACAAAAAACUAAGACAACUGAAGGUUGACAAAGAUGAUGAAAAUGGCAUUACCUGGGACAUACACCGCAACAAGAAUCUGAAGGAAAUUUCAACACGCAUAAAGACUGAACAUCUUCCUUUAUUUGAGACUGAUAUAGAGUACAGAGGACUGCCAAGCAAAGAACAUGUUGAAAUGAUUCAAUGGGGUUAUAGUCCUGAGGUCACCAAAAUUAAAAAGCUGAUACCACAAAUAGCAGAGAAGCUGAAUGGAGCAACAAAAGAAAACAUGGUUAUUGAUAGUAAUGGUGAUAGUAACAGCAACAGCAGCAAUGGCAGCAGUGUCAAUGAAGACAGUUGUAAAAGUGCUGAGAAACCAAAAGAGGAAAUAAGUACAAAUGGUGAAGUUGCUGCAGAAGCAUAACAACAAAAUACAGAUUCUGAUUCAGUAUGGAAGUCAGAGGAAAUGUAAAGUCUACUUUUGCCUUAUUUCAUAUCAAUAUGUUAUAUGGUAUGAAUUUAAUUUUUGUAUAUUUUUAAGUUGUUCACUGACCCAUCAACUGAUAUCAAAUACCAUGAAUGUGAACUGUUGAAGAAAAAUUUGUGCCAGUGGAAAGAAUGUGUGUGUAUUAGAAUAUAUUAAUAUUUAUUUAAGUAGCAGUUGUGUGUUUGUAUCUUGCACAUUUCUUCAAAAUUUUGUACAUACAACAAAUGCAAUUGUGUUAGCUAUUUUUUGUAUAUACUGUUAGAAAAUAGCAUUGCCCAUUUAGAAUACCGAAGUUAGUGUAAUAUUUAGAAACAUUCUCAUGUUGUAUUAGUUUCUCAAUGUAUAUAACAGUAAUUAAAAAUGUAUAUGAACAUAUGAAAAGUCAACACUGUGGAUAUAAUUUUAAAAUUUUGUAGAUUUUCUUUAUAUAUUUUGAAAUGUACUUAUAUCUAGCUCGGUUUUGAGAAAACAUUAUGGCAUUGUUAAACCACAUACAUAGUCAAUAAAUAAUUUAAUAACUAUAUAUGAAAUAUUGAGUCCUGAUCACAAAUAUAUACUUCGACGUAAUUAGUACUUACUCUUUGUAAGUCUUGAAGUUAACUCAUUAUCCAGCAGAAUACAGCCUUUUGAAAAUUAUUGCCAAACCUUUUAAUGUGUUCAUAAAAUUCCAGCUUGUUUUGGCCAUGGAUAACCUUUUUUUUACUUGCCUUUUGGUAUGAGAUCUGGAGAUGAAUACACAGAACAUAAUACAAAUAUGCCAAACCUGGUGAAAGUGAACUGUGAGCUUUUCAUGAGCUUUGUCAACUAGCUUUGUCAACUAGCUGUGUUAUAUCUUCUGUUAGUCUUUAUUCCCCACUUCCUAAAACAUAUCAUUCAAAAACUUAAUCUAUUUCACUCAGACAAAAAUGAAUGCUAAUUGAAAGCAUUGAGGUUGCUCUGAGGUACGUACUGAGAGGUUAUUUUAAUGUGAGGCUUUAUUAGUUUAAAGUACCUUAUUACAGAGCAAAUCUUUGUUUGACAUAUAUAUUCUCUAGGCUUACAUAGAUAACAGAGAAAAGUAACUACUUAUAAUUUAUCACAGUGAUCCAGAAAACUACUGGGCCAUUAGUCCCAUGAAUACACAAAUAUGAAACAAAAUAGGAAAAUUUUUUCACUGGAUGUACGCUGUUGUUAAAUAGAUCAAAUGUAUUUAAAAUGUUUAUUCAUGGUGAUACUAUCACAGAAGUUGGUGUAGGGGUGGAGUGUGUGAGAAGUUAACAGAAAAAGUAGCUUUUAUAAAUUUCCUGUAUAGUGAAGAGACACUAUAUGUUACCAGUAAUAUUAUAUAGCUAGUCUUAAUUUGCCACUGCUACGUCAAGUAAACAGAAAGACAUUUACAAAUGGAAAAUUUUUAUCUACACAUUCCAAGAAUGACGCCUACUUUAAUAUAGUGCUCAUAUUAAUUUUUUGUCCCAGAGUUUAUAAAUUUAAAAAAAUGUUUAGGGCUAAUGGCUACUAAAUUUUCUUUAAUUCUGCUCUGGAAUACAUGAGGAUCUCAUAUUUGUUUUGAUUUUUGUGGGCAGCUUACUAGUUAACAUAUCUUGGCGUCAAUAUAGGAACUCGUGCUGUACAUUUUAGACAAGGACACACAGCCUAUAUGAAAAUUAUUUUUGUGUGCUAUGUGUAUCACAGUUAGUUAUAAGCACUAUUAAAUGUAUGUUGAUGGAAACGAA